CCUGAUGAGCUCCAACAGCUGCGACUUGAGUCUGGCCUCUCAGCAUAAAUACUAGGACACUGCCAUUUAGCCUCUUUUAUCCAUGCACAAGUUCUGCACUGAGCCUUUAAGAAUCAAGAACUGGACCAGGUCUCUGUUCUAUACUGUCCAUAUAUUCAGUGAUUUCUUCACUGAAAGAAUUGCUCUUGUGUCAUUUUUUGUUUUAUCUGUCGAUUAGCAUUGGAUACUGGACAAAAUGAAGAAGGAAACCAAGACAAAAAUCUUGUUUUUUAUAAUAUUGGUGGGCUCAGUGUCCAUGUUAACAGCAGUGGUGACAGACCACUGGGCUGUGUUGAGUCCUCGAGUGGAGAACGUAAACACAACAUGUGAGGCAGCCCACUUCGGCCUUUGGAGACUUUGUAAAAAAUACAUCUAUAUUGAGGAUGCGGAACUUGUUGGUAAAAGCUGUGGACCUAUCAGCUUACCAGGGGAAAUCAACUGCUCUUACUUCAGACACUUUACACCAGGGGAAGAUUCUGAAAUCUUUGAAGUUAAAACUCAGAGAGAAUACAACAUCUCAGCAGCUGCCAUAGCCAUCUUCAGUCUUGUCUUCAUGAUUCUGGGCACAUUGUGUGUGUUGGGUUCCCUCAGAAAGGGAAAGGACUAUCUGUACAAGCCUGCCGGCAUGUUCUUUGCUUUUGCAGGUCUGUGUGCUAUCAUCUCAGUAGAGGUAAUGCGGCAGUCAGUCAAGAGGAUGAUAGAAAGUGAGUUUACUAUCUGGAUCGAGUAUUACUAUUCCUGGUCUUUUGCCUGUGCGUGCACGGGUUUUGUCCUGCUCCUCCUCAGUGGAAUUGGUCUGCUGCUCGUCUCCAUGCCACAGAUGCCUAGAAAUCCAUGGGAAUCCUGCAUGGAUGCUGAGCCUGAACAAAUAUAGAGCAAUGACACCAGAUGUCAGCAGGUAAACCAUUGACUCACAGUUUACCUAGACCUCUUUGAUACAAAGUGAGAGCUUGACAAGCAGAGGUCAUAAAAUUAGCUCAGCAACUUCCUUUUCCCCCUGCAAACUGGCACUGAAAAAUAUAGGUGUGUAACACUCCAAAAUCAUGCCAGCAAUUAGCCAAGCAUUUUUAUUCUUUAUAUUAUUAUGUUCUAUAUAUGUAAUAUUUCAACAUCAUAAAGUGUAAAAUCUUUAAAUGUAAUAUGAAGAGUGCAGCUGGUUUUAUGUAACUGGAAUUUUUGUGUUAUAAUUCUUUACAUAAACUUUCCCUGUAUGUCUGUUUAGGACACUGGUAUGGUUUAAAAUGGAGAAGGGCUGCAGAACAAUUGUGAUUGCAAGGACUGAGGUGUUUAUUAACACCUGACUAACAUAUUCGAAGGAUUAUAUAUUUGGAAAGUUCAUCUGCACUAAUCUGCAGAUAGGAAGUAUUAAGAAAAUAAUAAUCAAUUUUCAGUGGUGUCAUGCCACAAGAUUCUGCUCCAGAAUGCAUUAUUCAUGUCCUGUAAAUGGAUUUCGUUUUUUUUUUUUUUUUUUUAAAGAUGUGUGAAUGCUACUUUAGUUUUGUGUAAAUCUCAUUUUCAUAUUAACUUUAACAAUAAUUAUUUUUUGCCUUGGGCACAGUGAUGUUUUCAACUGCCCUGAGAAGAAUGUAAAUGUUUGGUCUGCUGCAUUUACUGAAUGGCUGGCCAGACAUUUUGGAAUAUUGCCAGAUCUUGCAGGUGCAAAUAAAAUGGCAUCAAUCUCACUCUUAUGUGAAGGAGUAAAUUUACUCUGAGACUUUCCAAGUCUACAGCUUCCCGAAAUGCCCCCACACGCUGUGUUUACAUGCUUAAAAUGGAUAGGUGUUCAGAUAGAUUUAUGAGAUUAUUUGUAUAAAAUUUGUUUCAAAGUUCCCAUUUGCUCAGCGUUUUUAUUGAUUAUAAUUGUUUCUCUACUUUAAAAUUAGCAACAAUAGUUUUAAUACACUCAUUCUCAGCUGGUUUUCCUUCAGGACCCUUUCGGGAAUUGUGGUAAUUUUGUGGUCUGAACAAAUUCUGUUUAUCUAUGUAUUAAGCUGUAACCUGUAGGUCUGAACAAACAUGCAACCUUGGGUGUUUAUCCACCAGUUGAGAACCACUGAUUUAAUAUACAGAAUAUAUAUGCUGAAAGAGAAAUAUAGAAUAAAUGCCCUGUAUGAUUAAAAAAGAUCUUAACAUCAAAUUUGUUGUCUACAAAUUAAAUUCAUGAGGCUUUGUGACAUUAAUUUAAAUUCUAUAGACCAUUCUAAUUUGCUCAGUGGGCUUAAAAAGUCUUAUUAGGCCUAGUUCAUACUUCCUCAGCAAACUCUUUUAUGAAGCUGGCAGCUGGAUUUAGAAUGUGGGGAUCACUGUCACAGUCACAGUCACAGUCACAUGGCCUAAACAAACACCAAUUUGGUGUCAGAGCCAUAGCCUUGUUGGCAGCUCUCCAACAUCUAGUGCAACAGCCGUUUGGGUAACCCAAGUUUAAGUCACUGAUUCCUGAUCAUGUUCCCCUCUCUCCUCUCCUAUCACUUUAUGUCAUAUCAAUAAUAAAGACAAUAUAAUAAUAAUAAUAAUGUUACAUACUCAAGUAAGUACUGAUUAAUAUUAACUUCAUGUACUUACUAUAGAGUUACGGUUGGGGUUAGGGUAUGGUUUAGGGUUAGUUACUUGUAAUUAUGCAUAAUUUACUGUUACUACUAUAGAAAGUACAUGUAAUAUGUAACUACGUCACCUUAAAAUAAAGUUUUACCUUUUUUUCGUGGUGCCAGUUGAUCAUGUAUUGAGGCAAAUGCUUAAAAAUGUUGUUACAGUGAAUACUUUGUAUUUAUUUUUUUGAUGUUGUUUGCAUACAAAACAAGAGGCCAUGUAUAUUUGGAUCAUGUUAUUCUGCCCAACAUAUGUAUUUCUGAUGUUAUACCCCUAUGUCAUGUAUUUCUAAUAAUAAAAAAGGGCUAACUCUUGUGUUCAUGCUAACAUUUA